UUCUAGCCAUAUAUAUAAUCAUUCUUAGUUAAUUCUUUCCAAGUAGACCAUGCCUCAAGACAGCUGCUGCAGCGAUCAAGAUGUAGGAAGUAUUGCCAAAGAUGAGAACAAUAAUAAAAGCAGAGAAAAGGUUUUUAAAAAAGCUCGUCGAAAGAUUAAAAUGUUGUUUUAUUGGCAAACCUUCGGACUUGUUCUUGGUUUAUCAUCCGUACUUUCUGUACAGAUGUUGCAAACAAGUAUUAACAUCAAAAAUCAAGUAGGUUCUAUAUCCGUGACAGCCGGCUUCUUGACGUCGAUAUUUUUCUGCUUAUUUGUUUGUCCAACUUUACUCCACACGAUUGGUCCCACAGCGAGUCUCAUUUUAUCAGAAGCAUGCUACCUGAUAUAUUGCCUGUCAAAUUUUUACCCAGAAUUGUACGUUUUGGUUCCUGGUGGGAUUAUAUGUGGCAUAGGUCGUGCCUUGUUUGUUCCUUCUUACACUAUGUUGAUUAUCAGACUUGCUCAUCACUGUGCAGAAUACAGUAAAUCAAGACAAUAUAACUACUAUUUUGAUCAAUUUCAAAGUCGUUUUUAUUGUCUCAAUGAAUUGGUACAGAUCAUUGGAAACGGACUUUCCUAUGCAAUUUUAUACAGUACGACACGCCAACCUAAAGACAAAGUCUAUGCAAACAUCAAAGAUAAUUUCACUUCAGCAAACAUUACUGCAGACACCGACAAGUAUUAUCAGCAUUGCGGAGCAAACGAUUGUCAAGAGUUAGCCGUUGUUCAAGACAAUAUCGAUCAAUACAUUCCUCCUAACAAAGCCAGUCUGUAUAUAUUUAUAUCAGUUGCUGCACUUCUAGCAGUUUUUGCUAUUAUUACUCAUUGGGUCAUUUAUCCUGGUGUAGGACCUUUCAGUGAAAAACUUGCAAACAUAAAAACAAUGGUCGAGAAAGAAGUCGUUCCUGACCACAACUCUUUCAAUUGUAAGGAUUCCAAAGACAUGGUGUUUCUCCUGUCGGCAAAGAUCAAGUCCAGCCUACUUCCCGAUUCAUUUUAUGUCGGUUUACCAAACAAAAAUGCAAAUCCGAGUGACGAAAUGCUGGGAGAUAGGGAAAAAUAUACUAUAUCGACCAGUAUCGAUGCAAAUGACAACAUGGCGUUGUGUCAACAAAAUAACUUAUUAGAAAAAGGAGACAUGGAAUACGUGGAACUAAAACAAAGAGAAUUUAAAACGGAAUCAGAGAAAACGUCAAAUAGAUACAGAAAAACCUUGAAGUUGACACUUCUUCUAUUCAUGACACCACGUUCAUUAUUACUCAGUGUCUCGACCCUUCAUCACGGUAUGAUGUUGGGUUUCGUAUUUGCAGACCUCACUAGAGCAUACGCUUCGUGCGUGGCUGGGGUGCAAUGUACCGGUGCGUUUGCAGCAACAUUUGGUGUAGCUGGAAUGAUAUCUGCUUUGGCCUAUGGAAAACUGAUUUUAUAUAUUGGGCGACAUCUCAUGUAUUGCCUUUCAACGUUACUUGAACUCGCAGUCUAUGCAAUUUGUUACUUUUGGGUUCCUCACAAUGAGACACUCGGAACAGUAUUCGCUAUGUUUAUUGGAAUCGGGAUUGUAAAUGGACUAUUUCGUCAGAACAUUAUAGCUGCUUACACCAUCCAUUUUCCAAAGAGUAAAAGUAUAGCUUUAAGCGUAUUCAACGUCUGGAUGAUGGGAGGAAUGGGACUUCAAUACGCAAUGACAACGUUCAUGUGUGUUCAAGACAAAAUAUAUACACAAGUAGCCGUGACUGUAGCCGGAUUCCUGUUUUACGCAAUCGCCGAGGUAUUGAGAGUGAGGGAAAAUAAAAGAAGAACUUUCGACAUCGCCACAACGGAGCAAAAUAAAUUUUCCAUUUCCUGUUAGUUUUUUAAACGCACGAUCCAUCAAUGCUUGACCUUUCCUAAAAUUAUGAGAUAAUCAAAGCUAAUCAUUAUAGAUUCCACGUUGCUCAUUGCAGUAUGAAAAUUACCACAGCAAAUAAGAGAUUUUAAAAAAGUGACACACGCGAAAAUUGAUUGUGAUUCAUCAACAGUUUAGUUUAAGUUGCAGCUGAAAUUAUCUGUAGAAUCAUCACUUGAAUUGGCGCACCCCAGGAAGUGGUUCUGCUGACGAGUUACGAUUCACCGUGUUUCCCAAAAAUAACACCUAACACCCCCAAAAUAAUACCUAAUCGAUAGCAAAAUUUUUUUUGACCUGGUCGAUAGCAAUAAAUCUCUCCUACUAGUUUUAAAUGAUUGAUUAUUUUUGAAUAAUCCAUGCUUAGCAGUUUUAAAUGAAAUGAAAUGUGUUAUUUAUAAAUAAAUGGAAAUCGCUUUUCAUAUUUUUUAUAUUUAAAAAUUUCAUAAUUCUUUACUUUAUAGUUUUGUUGUUGCUAAAUGAAAAAAAAUUACAUCACUCCAAAAUAAACCCUAGUGUUAUUUUUCGAAAGAACAUUGAAAUAAAACCCGUCAUGUUUUCGAGGAAACACGGUAGGCCUACUACUAACCCCUGCUCUAAUCAAAUAUUGCAUCCUUCGCUCACUAAAAAGAAAAUCAGCAUAAAGUAAUUGUAUUUGUCAAAAAAUGGAAGCCAAUAAUGAACAACGUGUAUGAUACAAGGCAUGAAACAAAAUAUAACGGUUUAUAAGGAACUUCCAUUAUCAAAUCUUGGCAUCUAGUGGUAGGACUAGAUAUUAUUUCAUAAUCGGAAUUAUGAGUAGGUUUUUACUCGAGUUAGUUGAAUGUAGGUUAAGCAGAACAGACCCACAACAAAACACGACAAAGC